AUGAAGAUCUACACCAAUGAAGGAAAUCCCUUUGGACUUAAGCUACAACUGUUGGCGAAGUUUGCCAAGCAGCCAGUCGAAGUGGUCAAUGUCACGUUAAAUGAUACUGAAUGCAAAGAUUUUUUGGUGUUACCCACACUAGUAUUAGAAAACGGUGUGAAACUAUUUUCCACUGAUGCGGUGGCAAAGUAUCUAUUCCCGGAUGAGGGUGCCCUUAGAGAUGAGUGGUUAGAAUGGUCAACUGUGAAACUGGCUCCCGCUCUGGCACAGCACCUUGCUGUCGGACAUCGCGCCAAUCCAGAUGCCUUACCUGUGUUAAAUAUGUUAGUAAGAAAAUUAGACGACCGCUUGGCAGAAUCUCCUUUCCUAGUAGGUGAUAAAAUAACUUCUGCGGAUAUAGCAGUGUGGUCAUUGUUAGCACCAGAUGGCACGUUGAAGGGUGCUCUAAACAUAGAACAUCUGAAGGCUUGGUAUCGCAAAAUCUCUGCACUGGCUGCGGUCCAAGAUGUCUUAACUGAAACUCCACUAGCGAAACUUACUUUUACGUCGCUGCAAAACUCCAAUCGCUAUGGUGGUCUAAACCACGUUCCAGUGCAUCUGCAUACAUCGUCUGAAUCAGAAAAACUCUUGGCCGAAACAAGUGGCAACUUGGCAGAUACAGUCACAGAGGAGGAAUUAAAUACUGCAAAGAGAAAUUUCGUACAAGUCGCCGUUCCUCAGCGUAUAGAGCCCCGCACAGUACUGCCUAAAUCGGGCGAACGUAAUGUUCUGAUAACAUCCGCUUUACCAUAUGUAAACAAUGUACCACAUUUGGGUAACAUUAUCGGCUGUGUAUUGUCUGCGGAUAUAUUUGCAAGAUAUUCGCGUGCUGCGGGCUACAACACGUUGUAUAUAUGCGGUACGGACGAGUACGGCACGGCUACAGAAAACAAGGCACUUGCCGAGAACCUUACGCCCAAGCAAAUCUGUGACAAAUACUUUGACCUCCAUAAUUCUAUAUACCGCUGGUUCGGUAUUGGAUUUGAUUUCUUCGGUCGCACAUCAUCGUUGCAGCAAACUGAAAUCGUCCAAGAGGCUUUCAAUGACGUCUACAAAAAUGGCUACAUUUUCACAGAAAGUGUAGAACAGCUUCUUUGUGUGAAAUGCGACCGUUUCUUAGCUGAUCGUUUCGUUGAGGGUACAUGUCCCCAUUCUGGCUGUGGUUAUGAAGAUGCCCGUGGCGAUCAAUGCGAUAAAUGUGGCAAACUAGUUAACGCUACCGAACUGAUCCGUCCCCGUUGUAAAAUUUGCAAUACUGCACCUAUACUACGCUCCUCUGACCAACUUUUCCUCGAUUUGCCCAAAGUUGAACCUCAACUCCGUGCGUGGAUGGAAGGUUCCGAAAUGGGUUGGACGAAUAAUGCGCGUGUCAUUGCGCGUUCCUGGCUGCGUGAGGGCCUCAGGCCACGUUGUAUUACACGUGACUUGAAAUGGGGCAUACCAGUGCCGCUUGCCGGCUUUGAAAAGAAAGUAUUUUAUGUGUGGUUCGAUGCACCAUACGGCUAUAUCUCGAUGACUAAGCAUUACACAAGUGAAUACAAGCAGUGGUGGAUACCAUCGAAUGAUGUCAAAGUGGAGCUCUUCCAAUUCAUGGCCAAAGAUAAUGUGCCAUUCCACUCGGUUAUAUUCCCUUCAUCACUGUUGGCAACCAACAAAGGCCAUACUAUGGUAACCAAUAUUAUGGCGACGGAAUACUUGAAUUACGAAGAUGGCAAAUUUAGUAAAAGUCGUGGCAUUGGCGUAUUCGGUAAUGAUGCACAGGAAACUGGCAUACCUGCUGAUAUAUGGCGUUUCUACCUUGCUUGUGCGCGUCCCGAAGGACAAGAUUCUAGCUUUAGUUGGAAUGACUUAGCGGCGCGUAAUAAUUCCGACUUGCUAAACAAUCUGGGCAAUUUUGUAAAUCGUGCGUUAGUCUUUUGCGAAAAGAACUUUGAUGGCGUCAUACAAGCCAUGACCCUAACCAAGGACGAACUCGUACUUUUGGCACUUAUAAAUCGUGAAGUCCGUGCCUAUGUAAACUCACUUGAAAAGGCCAAAUUACGUGAUGGCAUUCGACAUUUGCUUUCAAUUUCUCGCCAAGGCAAUGGUUAUAUGCAAGCGCAACAGCCGUGGGUGUUACUGAAAGGUACCGAUGAGCAGAAGGCGCGUGCUGCCACCAUCAUUGGUGUUUGCGCCAAUAUUGCUGCAAUUUUAGCUAAUCUGCUAUUCCCUUACAUGCCGGCGACAGCGCGCACGCUUCUUACGCAAUUAAAUGCCAAGCAAACUCAGCUGAAUCCGAGACAACCGUUUAUCAAUAUUCUGCUGCCUACUGGUCAUAAAAUUGGCAAACCAGCACCAUUAUUCACUAAAUUGGAGCAAAGCUUCAUUGAUGAGCUGAAACAGAAAUUCGGCGGGGUUCAGGAUCAAAACAUUGACAAGAAAGCGACACUUGUGGCAAACACUUCGAAGCCAGACACUGCCAAAGCUUCUCUAAUCACCAAUGGCACACAAACGAUUGCACAGCUUGAGGAGGCUGUACGUUUGCAAGGUGAGAAAGUGCGUCAGUUAAAAGCUUCAACGAAAGACAAAAGUGUCUGGCAACCAGAAGUUAAUAUUUUGCUUGACCUCAAAAAGCAACUUACUGUUGCUCAAGCUGCGCCUCCAGUCACGAAAGCGGCGGUAGUACCACAAGCUAGCGAUGCUAAAGUUAAGGAACUAGAACAACGAAUAACGCAACAAGGCGAAAAGGUGCGUCAACUGAAAGCUGCAGGCGAUGCCAGCGUGUGGAAACCCGAAGUUGAUGUGCUAUUGCAGAUGAAAAAGGAACUGGCUACACUAACCGGUGCACCACAACCCACUGUCCAGGGGAAAAAUAAAAAGAAAAAGUAAAUUAUCUGUACACAGUAGCAAUAAUACAACUCGCAUCUCCCUCGAUUGGAAUAUUUGAUCUAAAUUUGCAAGCUUUUGUAUUUGCAAAGCCCAGCAACUCAUUUUUGUACAGCAACAUGCAAAGCGUUAAGUCGGAAUUUCGCUCCUUGUCGCAUUAAAUUUAAGUCUAUCUCAUUUUGCCCAUAUUAAGUCAUAUAUUUGCGCAUAUUUGACUGUAAUGUUAUCUCAAUUACGCUUUUAACUGAAGGCUAUAUAACUCGCAUGGUUGCUUUUCUUUGAUAUUUUUAAUUUUAAUGCUAAUUAAUUUAUUGAAUUAUGCUGGUUAUGUAAGGUAU